UCAUGGUCCGCCACUGCCAGUACUAGUAGGCCUAUAUGUAUUUAAUGCAAAGAUGAUUUAAAGCUUUGCUCAAUUUUCUGCACUGAUCUUUUCAACUUAUUUCGGACAUUCAAAGCAAGGCAAGAUGAAUGCUGACACAGUAGAACUAGCACGGGAAUAUGAUUUGAUAAGUUCCGUUUGUAUACAGAGUCGACUUCGUGAUGAAGCUUUGAAAUGGAUCGAUUUCGAUGAAAACGACGACGUACUCGAUGUUGGCUGUGGUUCUGGAAGGCUUUGCAAAAUGUUGUCUCCUCUUGUAAACUCAGUCACUGGCCUAGAUAUCUCUCACGGAUUGGUGGAGUUCGCUAGAUUUGAAAACUCAGGGCACAAUAUACGAUACUUUGAAGAAGACGCGCAGACGUUUGGUCCUCUUCUUACCGACUGGCGGGAAAAGUUCGAUAAAAUUCUGAGUUUGACAGCUCUUCAUUGGUGCUCUGACAAGAAGAGUGUCUUAAAGAAUAUCUACCAGUGUCUUAAUCCAGGAGGUAUAUUCCUCCUUGAUAUCCCUGCACAUUGCCAACUUGUUUCAGAAUGGAGUCCCUACGGUGAAACCUGCGAUGUAUGGAUUAGAAAACAUCCAAAAUGGGGGCAAUAUCUACAGAGAUGCAACUACGAAAUUUUUCCAACAAAGAGUACUGAGGGUUUUCUGGACCUUAUGAGAUCAGUGGGUUUCAUCAUUGAACAUUCAGAGGUGAAGCAACCCCCUUGGAUUGAAUGGAAGGAAAGUGACAUCAAAAAACAAUUACGUUGCGUGUUUUACCCGAUAAAGAACAUCCCUGUGGAACACCAAGAUGAAUUCAUCGAUGACGUGUACAAAUGGAUGUGUGACGUCACUCCAAAGAGGUCUGGUAAUUUUUACCAAGGUGAACUGGGAAGGGCCAAAACUAUGACCAUUGUGGCUACCAAGGAAUGACAUUCGUCAGGUUGGUGACCCGAUGUAAACGAAUGAAGCCCUCGGUUUUUUGAAACACAGGAAACCUUCACGUUUUAUGAUACAGUAGUAGGAUAGAUUUAUUAGAUGUUUAUUUUUGGUAUACUCUAACCGAAUAAUCCACAUUUUAUCAUUUUUUCUUUUGCAUUUUCCAUUGUUAUAUUUGGUGCAUCAACAUUAAUAAUUAAUGAUAUUUUUCUGUCUCCAAAUUGGACGGAAAAUGUUUCAACUUUUCAAACAGAUAGGAAAACCCAAUAUACAUUUUUUUUAAAUGUGUAGUCUUUUCUUUAUUGGUUAUUUUUAGAAUAAAGAAUCUGUUUUCCCCUCUCGUAAACUUUAGGCUUGUCUCAAGUUUGUACAUAAAAGAUUAUACAGAAAUUGUCUGUAAAUUUAACAUUCUUGACCCGACCCUCCAGUCCAAAUAAUUGCACAACAAUGACUUUAAAAUCAAGGACAGCGUUUCUUGUCAAUAAAAAAAGCCUUUGAUACUGUAAGUGUUUAUCAAAACUUAAAAUACGAUAAAAUGAUUUAAAAGAAUAAAAUGAUAC